AAAGGCUUUGGACGCCGGCGUGGGAGGAGGACGGGAGCGGGGGCGGGAAGUUCCCGGAAGGAGCGAGACAGGGAGGGACAGGGCUGAGGAGAGGAAGGCGAUGCGACGGACAGGCGCACCCGCUCAGGUUGACUCUCGGGGGCGAGGUCGAGCCAGGGGCGGCUGCCCUGGGGGCGAGGCGACUCCGUCUCUUCCUGCACCUCUCGGCGGAACCCGAGGAGAGGAGCCUCAGAUGAAAGAAACGAUCAUGAACCAAGAAAAACUCGCCAAACUGCAGGCACAAGUGCGCAUUGGUGGGAAAGGAACUGCCCGCAGAAAGAAGAAGGUGGUUCAUAGAACAGCCACAGCAGAUGAUAAAAAACUUCAGUUCUCAUUAAAGAAGUUAGGGGUAAACAAUAUCUCUGGUAUUGAAGAGGUGAAUAUGUUUACAAACCAAGGAACAGUUAUCCACUUCAACAACCCAAAAGUUCAGGCAUCUCUGGCAGCAAACACUUUCACCAUUACAGGCCAUGCUGAGACGAAACAGCUGACAGAAAUGCUACCCAGCAUCUUGAACCAGCUUGGUGCAGACAGUCUCACUAGUUUAAGGAGACUGGCUGAAGCUCUGCCCAAACAAUCUGUGGAUGGAAAAGCACCACUUGCUACUGGAGAGGAUGAUGAUGAUGAAGUUCCAGAUCUUGUGGAGAAUUUUGAUGAGGCUUCUAAGAAUGAGGCAAACUGAUCUGAGUCAGCUUCUGAAAAAGAUAAAACUUGGAAGACGUUACUGGGAGCUGCUAUUUUAUAUUAUGACUGCUUUUUAAAAUUGUUUUUGUUUAUGGAUCUGAUAAAAUCUAGAUCUCUAAUAUUUUUUAAGCCCAAGCCCCUUGGACACUGCAGCUCUUUUCAGUUUUUGCUUACAUACAAUUUAUUCUUUGCAGCCAGUUAAGCUGAAGAAGCCUGGGAAUAAAGUUUGAAACAGAUUAAUAAAA